CUGAUUCAUCUUUCCCAAAUACGGAAGUACCGGAAGCGGCUGCUCAAGGCUCAGUUGAGUGACAGCCGGAGAGAGCCGGGGACGCCAGGACCAGUCCUCCAUAGCCGAAACACAUCUCGCUUUUUCUAAAGAAAACGUGAGAGUAAAGCCUGGAUCCUUUGUCAGAGGUAAUAUUUGGGACCGUUGACAUGGAAGCACUGGUUGAGCGUCUGGAGCAGGCAGUAAUUCGUCUGGAGGUGGUGGCGGUCAAACUGCAGAACUGUCCUGGGGGUUUGGUCAACGGAGACAUCAGCAGCAUUAUCAACGGAGGUGAAUCCGAAAGCAUGGAGGCAUUUGACCAUGUGCUGAGUGGUUCAGUGUCUGAAUAUUUGAGGACCAGCACAGCUAUUGGUGGAGAUGUGGCUAAGCAUGCAGAGAUGGUGUGCAAUGCCCUUCAGAUCCAGCGUGCUUUCCUCAAAAUGACCAUGACACAUAAGGAGCCGGCAAAGACAGAGAUGGCUGACCUCCUCAGACCCCUCUCCGACCAGAUUCAGGAGGUCCAGAGUUUUCGGGAGAAGAACCGCGGCAGUAGCCUGUUCAACCACCUGUCUGCCGUGAGCGAGAGCAUCCCCGCUCUGGGCUGGGUGGCUGUGUGUCAGAAACCAGGGCCGUAUGUGAAGGAGAUGAAUGAUGCUGCAAUGUUCUACACAAACAGAGUCCUGAAAGAUUACAAAGACACUGACCCCCGUCAUGUUGAGUGGGUUCGUUCGUAUCUGAGCAUCUGGACUGAACUUCAGACCUACAUAAAAGAGCACCACACCACUGGACUCAUCUGGAACAAGACUGGUCCUGUAGCCACUCCCUCACUGUUCAGGGCUCCUUCUGUUGGCCCUUGCCCUCCUCCUCCUCCUCCUCCACCACCAGGUCCUCCUCCGAUGUUCAUGGAUGACAGCCCCAAACCCGACGACACAUCAGCCCAGCACUCCGCUCUGUUUGCACAGCUCAACCAGGGAGAGGCCAUCACUAAAGGUUUGAAGCAUGUGUCUGACGAGCAGAAGACCCAUAAGAACCCCAACUUGCGCUCUCAGGAAGGGAGGACACAUCAGGGAUCUCCAGCCAAAAGUCAGAACCCCAGCAUGUCUGCGUGUGCACCUGCCAAAAAACAUUCCCCCGUGCUGGAGCUGGAAGGAAAGAAGUGGAGGGUGGAGCACCAGGAGAAGUCUCAUGACCUGGUGAUAGAGGAGACCGAGCUCAGACAGGUGGUUUAUGUCUUUAGCUGUAGCAACUCCACACUCCAGAUCAAAGGCAAAGUCAACUCCAUCAUAGUGGAUAACUGUAAGAAGCUCGGACUCGUGUUUGACAGUGUGGUGGGCAUCGUUGAGGUCAUCAACUCCAGAGACAUUCAGCUUCAGGUAAUGGGAAAAGUUCCUACUAUUUCCAUUAACAAGACUGAGGGGUGCCAUGUCUACUUGAGCAAGGAUUCACUCGACUGUGAGAUUGUCAGUGCCAAGAGCUCUGAGAUGAACGUCCUUGUUCCUGAGGGAGAGGAUGAUUAUAGGGAGUUUCCAAUCCCAGAGCAGUUUAAAACGCUUUGGGACGGCUCCAGCCUGGUGACAGAGCCCACAAAGAUUGCUGGUUGAUUCCUUUUCCAGCUCGUCAUCGCUUUCCUCCUACCCAGAAUUCUUCAUGCACUUUCACUGUAUCACACUGUUAGCAGAGACGGAAGAAUUCAUGCAUUGUGGCUGUGAGAGGUGUAGAUUAAAGGCUCCAAAAUUCAAAUUAAGAGCAAAAACUAUGGACAAAAGUUCCAUUUCCACAAACCGAUUAUGAAACAUUUCAACAAAUGGAGAUGGAGAUGUUUCUCCUUAACUAAGCGGCAAUAAAAAUACAUAAUAUACAUAUAUGAAUUAUUAUACAUUGAAAGUAAUUACACAUGAUGGCACCAUUAUGUGUGAAUAUGGGAAUUUUUUAGUCAGCAACAUAAAGUACUAAGUUCAAAUAAUGAAUCAGUAAGCAAUCAAAUUUUUACUUAUUCUUAUGACAAUAUAUAUUUUACUUAAAAAAUUAUUAAUUUAUUAAAGUAUGGAUUUUGAUUUUGUUUUUGUCUUUUUUGACAUAAUCAAGUACUUUGUGUUGAUGUCAUAAAUUCUCAUGUUAAAUACAUUUUGGUUCUGUGUAGUAAUAUAAUAAAAAAAAAUUUUUUUUCAAAAUAUUAUGACUAUAUUUAGCUAUAACUUGUUUUUAUGGAGAAAACAGUUAUGUUUUUCCACAUUUUACAUUUUCUACAGAUUACAAAUCCCAGUUUCAGUUCAUAAUAUUUUCUUCUGCUAACACACACACACACACACACACACACACACACACACACACAAACGUUUAUUUGGCAACGUGAAGUUGUAUCUGCAGGCUUUGGACCCAGAAUAUGUGCAAUCAUGAGCAGAGGAGGAAAAUUAAUGGAUAUUUUACAAUCAAACCUCUUUUUAUUCUGAGUCUGAUAAAUGGUCUUUGUUCUGCGAAUUAAUAAGUGCUUUUGGUUUUUUUUUUAUAAGAUUCUGCCAUUUUAAUAUAGUUCAAAUAUUGCUUAAUCUUAUCACUCUAUAUUUCAUUUACAGUCUCAGACUACUUAUUUCUGAGAUUAACUUUUGGUGGUUAAAUGUUUGUAUUGACAGGCACCGCGCCAUUCAACACCAUCAGGAUAGUAAUGACAUGUGCUGUGCAUAAUAACAUUAAUUAACUAUGGCAACUAAAUAUCAAACUUCAUGUCCAAAAUAGUUUCCUAAAUGUUCUCACUUUGCACUCACAUAUUUACAUUGCUUGUAAAUUUACAUGCUUUAAAUGUUUCUUCAACAGGAAGGUCUUGAACACUUCAGCUCAUUUUGAAUGUAUGCCAACAAGUGUUAAUAAGUAGCAUUCUUCAGUCCAUAAAAGGAAAUCAUGUUACAUUUGCUUGGUCAGUAAACAGUCAACAUUUAACUAAACAAUGUAAUGCACAUUUAUAAAUGAUGCUUAAACAAAAUAGAAUGUGUACACUGUAUUAAAUCACACACCUUAAAUUGUAAUUUAACAAAGUAUUUUCACAUUACCAUAUCAAUUUAAUCAAAUAAAAUAAUUGUAAACUCA